AUUCUCAUAUUAUUUUCCAUUUUUAGUCAAAACUGCAACAGACAAUGUUGUUUAUAUGGAGACGAGCCCCUGAGAAAUUUGGCCGGGCAAUCUGCGGCGGGGUGGCGGCAGCAACACCAUUUUUUAGUUUUCUUUGCAAUAUAUAUUUGAACAUGAAGAUUACCUAGCCUACAGCCUCCUCCUCCUCCUCCAUGUUGCUACGUUUUUAUAUAGGGAUAAGUUAAUUUCUGGUCAUAGAUAUCCAUCUCCGAGAUGGCUUUUCUCCGAUUAGAAUCGAAGGCUGAUAAAGAUAUUAUUCAUGGGCUCACAGCCAUCGCCAUUGAUGGAGAAAAGAACAGCCAAAGCGCCGUCAAAUGGGUUGCGGAUAAUCUUGUUCAUGGAAAGAAACCUCCUCUAUGCAUUCUUGUUCAUGUUCAAUCCAAAACAAUGCAACUGGGGGAAAAUGUGGUGUCUAGGGAAGGUUGCCCAGCAACUCCGCAAGAAUUUCAGCAGUUCUUCCUUCCCUAUAGAGGAUUUUGUACUCGAAAAGGAAUUGAAGCAAAGGAAGUAGUUCUUUUUGAUAUUGAUGUUCCAAGUGCACUUGUUGACUAUAUUAUUCACAACAACAUUCACAAUAUUGUUGUUGGAGCAUCUCGCAGAAAUGCUUUCAUAAGGAAAUUUAAACAAUCAGACAUUCCUUCUAUUUUACUCAAAACUGCACCAGAAUCUUGUUCUGUAUAUGUCAUAUCAAAAGGAAAAGUUCAGACUUCUCGGUUAGCAAGUCAAACUAAUCAUUCACCAACCAGUUCUACACAUCAAGAAAGUUAUGCACAGUCAACUGGUUCAGCAAAUUCAAUUAGUUCCCAAUGUUCCUCCCCACAAUGCCAAUCACUUCCUUCUCCUAAUAUUAUUACUGUCAAAAAUGCAUCCACUGCUAGGCAAAAUAAUCAUUGGGAAGUUGCUUCUCCUCCCAUUGAAACCUUGAAAUCUAACAAAUCAACGACUCCACGAAUUAGUUUCCGUGAAAGUUGGAAAAGUGAAGUUUCUGGUAGAAUGUCUUCAGAUCAAAACUGUGAAGAUGACAAGUUUGCAUUCAGCUUCAAUACAACUUCACAAGGGACAUCUCCAAAUAGUCACUCGGAAAGAAUGUUGAAUAGAGAUUCCGUGUCAGAUAUCAGUGAAAUUUCAGGACCACAAAGUUUUAGAUCAACAAACACAUCCUGUGAGAAUUUGGAAUUCUCUGCCACAUCUGAGAGUUCCAAGGGUUCCAAUUCUUCACAACUUGCUAAUUUAUUGGACACAGAAAUGAGGAAAUUAAAGCUUGAAAUGCAGCAAUCUAUGGUAUUGUUGAAUUCAGUUACCAAAGAAGCUGUUUUGGCCAAGCAUAUGAUAAGGGAGCUUCAACAGUUACGGACAUCAGAUGUAACAAAAGCAGAAGGAGAACAAAUCACUGAAGGGGUGGAAAUGGAGAAGAAGAAUAACAAGGUUGCUCUGCUAGUACAGACAGCACAACGAAUAGCAGGAAUAGAAGCAGAGAAGAAGGCACAACAUGAGGCGGAAAAGAAGAGGAAAACAAUGGAAACAAUGGCAAAUAAUGCUUUUCGAUGUAGAACAUACACCAUUGAUGAUAUAGAAGUAGCAACAAAUCACUUUGAACUCUCUCAGAAGAUUGGUGAAGGUGGCUAUGGACCUGUUUUUAAAGGCGUUCUUAAUCACAUUGAUGUUGCCAUUAAAAUCUUGAGGCCAGAUUUGUCACAAGGACAUAUGCAAUUUCGACAAGAGGUUGAUGUUUUAAGCAGCAUGAGACAUCCACACAUUGUUAUCCUGCUUGGAGCAUGCCCUGAGUAUGGAUGUCUUGUGUAUGAAUUCAUGGAAAAUGGCAGCCUAGAAGAUCGUCUCCUCAGGAAGCAUAAAACUCCUCCAAUCCCCUGGAGAGCUCGAUUUCGAAUAGCUUUCGAAAUUGCCACAGCCCUUCAUUUUCUUCACGAAACAAAACCAGAACCUCUGGUGCAUCGUGACCUGAAACCUGCAAACAUUCUCUUAGACUACAAUCUUGUUAGUAAAAUCAGUGAUGUGGGUUUGGCCAGGCUUCUUCCAGCAUCUGCAGCAAGUAAAGUUUCCCAAUAUCGCAUGACAGCAGCAGCUGGAACAUUUUACUAUAUUGAUCCAGAGUAUCAGCAAACAGGGAAAUUGAGCGUGAAAUCAGACAUAUAUUCAUUUGGGGUUGUGCUGCUACAACUUCUUACAGCAAAACCUCCAAUGGGACUUUUCCACCAUGUUCAAGAGGCUAUUAACAAUGGAACAUUCGCAGAUGUGCUUGACAAAACAAUCACAGAUUGGCCUGUUAAACAGGCUCUUUCACUUGCUAAAAUAGCAGUGAAGUGUUGUGAGUUGUAUAAGAAACAUAGACCAGAUCUUGCUUCUGUAGUUUUACCAGAGUUGAAGAGACUAAGGAAUUUUUCCCUUGGAAAGAAAGCUGUUGAACAUGAGACAAUCAUACCACUACCCAGUCCUACUGAUUUAGUUUCAUAAGCAAGAAGUCAGACAAAUGAGUUUUGGUUACUAUUUUAAAAAAAUGAAAUUGCAUAUGUAGGCACAAUUCUGUCUGCAAAAUCCCUUUACUAUUAUUCAUAAUGUAGCAACUCAAACAGUACACAACACAUUUGAUUUUUUGAUAUACAUAAUGCAACAUUAAUUCAA